AUGAUUGUGUCGGCAGCUAUUUUGCUGCUCCUGGCGACAGCAGGUGGCACCGCGGGGCGGCACUUCGGCGCUCAGGUGGGCGCUCUCUCGCAGCUGCAGCACGGCGUCCGCGGGACCGUCUACGCGGUGGACUCGCGGACUAUUUUCCUCAAAGACUUCCACUACGACGGCGUCGGACCGGCGGCGUACUUCUACGUGGGCACAUCGAAGAGCCCCAGCGCCCAAGGGGGCGUCCGCCUGAGGGAUGAGAGGGGCCAGAGCGCUCCUCUGCGCAAGUACCGCGGCGACGGCGUCACUCUCUCGCUGCCCGACGGGAAGACUCUCAAGGACUUUUCUUGGUUCGCCGUCUGGUGCGACGACUAUUCGGUCAACUUCGGCUCCGUCGAGAUCCCCCGGGGACUGGAGUACCCGAAGCCCGCGAAAGUGGGAGCCCUGCGCGGGGUGCACGCCGUCGCCUCCGAUCCCAUAGUCGUCGUGGAUGCGCAGACGCUGCUUAUACCUAAUUUUUCCUACGACGGUGAAGCCCCAGAUGCAAAGUUCUGGGUGGGCCGCGGUGAUAAGCCCUCUCCGGAGGGGAUUCGAAUCCCGGACGAGAACGGCAAGGAGACACCCUUACGCAAGUACGACAAGAAGACCAUCGUGCUCACUCUGCCCGGGGAACUCACGGUGUUCGACAUCGGCCACUUCGCCAUCUGGUGCGAGGCUUUCACGGUGAACUUCGGCCACGUGGUGUUGCCUCGCGCCACGCUCGCCAACGUGCCGCCCAGCCUCAAGAUGCUCGGUGUCUCUCCACAGAGCCGCAACAAGCAGCCGACGACGGGGCAGCGAACCUCAUCCGCCCGCCCGCACAAGUCCCUCGCCCGCCUUGACGCCACCACCUACCGUCCCUCGCGCCUCGGCGCCGGCCCCCGUGACGUCCUAGACGCGGUCGUCCCGCACGUCCAUCGACGAGCCGACCGCUCCAACGCUCGCGACGAUGCUCGCUCUAGAGACGGUUCGAUGAGAAAGGACGACGAGACCGAGAAGGGCGCGGCAAACGAAGAGAAAUACGAAGUGGAAAUCGUCCCUCAGACGUUCACUCUGCUCGACCCCGUCACCCGGGAGUUGCUCGCGGAGCACUUUCGAAACGAAGAGAGACACCGGGAGCUGCAGAGGCAAUUCGACGAGCUGUCGAGGCGGCAAGAGAGCGAGGAACGGCGAUUCGACCUUGACCCGUUCGGGGGGUCGCGGCCGUAA